AUGUCUCGCUUCCAAGGGGCGGUUUCAGCGGCCCAGCAGGGCCGCGGUAUCAGGCUUACGGAAACGUCUUCACAGGAUUACCAACUUGUUUUGCCUCAGCUGCCAUCAGGUACGACCGUGUGUAACACCGUGUUUUUGCAUGGUGAUUUGAAGGCCCGGCCUUAUCGUGUUGAACAUUUUCGCGAUGCGCUUGACCGCUAUAAGCUUAUGACGGAGGUGGUAGCCCUCGGGGCCUAUCAGAUGAACCAUGUUUGGGCCAUAACAUUCAAGGACGAUGUCGGGAAAAGGAAGCUUUUGUCGGCGAAGGCGUUUAGCGUGAAGGAACAUCGCUGUGUCGCGAUUGAUCCCUGCAACCAGGACAUCAGAAUGAAGCUUUACUGGCUGCUUCACACGACCCCCGACGAAGACGUCAGAGCAGCCCUGGCUCCAUUCGGCACUGUGACCGAAAUAUCCAGGGAGAGGUGGCGAGUGCCCGGUUGCGGAGACAAAGGCUCUCACACGCGACUUGUAUCCCUACGCUUAAAGGCUGGUAUGACCAUGGAAGACAUCCCGCAUCAGCUACGAGUAUCAGAAGACCAUGCACUCGUGAUCGUGCCAGGCAGACCUCCGCUUUGCCUCCGGUGCCGCGGCACCGGCCAUAUACGGCGCGAGUGCCGUGUGCCACGUUGUGGGCUCUGUCGUCGUUUUGGCCACGACGAGACCCAAUGCGUGCGAAGCUACGCUAACGUGACUGGGCCGGGCCGCAGUGACGCCAUCGACGAGCACCUGAUGGACCAGGCAGACGCGGAAGAGACUGCUGGAGGGGGUGGUGACCCACAAGGCAAGCAAGAGAAGCCAGUGGUCUCGGCUAGCGACAAGUGCCAACCUACCAAGGGCAGCAGUGAGGGUUCAAAGAGGCCCCUGGAAGUCACCGACGUGGAUGGCACGCUUGAGCAAGACGACGGUGGUAGCAACGAAGGGCCGCCCUCGAAGGCCUCCGUUUUCCGCCGGUCUACGCUUAAGCCUAGACCAAACGUUCCGACAGACAGGAGGCAGACGCCGGCAGUUCACCCAGACAAGCAGACGACGCCGACAGUACCCCCAGACGGACGGCAAACGCCGGCGGUUCCCUCGGACGGGCGGCAGACGCCGGCAGUUCCCUCGGACGGGCGGCAGACGCCGGCCGUUCCCCCAGAUAAGCAGACAACGCCGACAGUUCCUCCGCAGUAG